AUGGAACCAGGGAACAGUACACAAAUUGAAAAAUUUCUCCUUCUGGGACUUUCAGAGGAUCCAGAACAGCAACCCCUCAUAUUUGGGCUCUUCCUCUCCAUGUACCUGAUCACUGUGUUUGGAAACCUGCUCAUCAUUCUGGCUGUCAGCUCUGACUCCCACCUCCACACACCCAUGUACUUUUUUCUCUCCAACCUGUCCAUUGUAGACAUUUGUUUCACCUCCACCACCAUCCCAAAGAUGCUGUGGAACAUUCAGACCCAGAACAAAGUCAUAACCUACAAAGGCUGUAUCACCCAGAUAUAUUUUUACAUACUCUUUGCAGGAUUAGACGAUCUUCUCCUGAGUGUGAUGGCCUAUGACAGGUUUGUGGCCAUCUGCCACCCCCUGCACUACAUGGAUAUAAUGAACCCUGGAUUCUGUGGACUGCUGGUUCUGCUGUCCUGGAUAAUGAUGGUCAUGUAUUCCUUGUUACACAGCUUAAUGGUGUUGCGACUGUCUUUCUGUCCAGAUUUGGAAAUCCCCCACUUUUUCUGUGAACUCAGUCAGGUGGUACAACUUGCCAGUUCUGACAACUUUCUUAAUAACCUGGUGAUGUAUUUUGCAGCUGUCCUCAUGGGUGUUGGUCCUUUUGCUAGUAUCCUUUAUUCUUACUCUAAAAUAGUUGCUUGCAUUCUUGGAAUCUCAUCAGCUCAAGGGACGUAUAAAGCAUUUUCCACCUGUGGGUCUCACAUCUCAGUUGUCUCCUUAUUUUAUUGUACACUCUUAGGCACAUAUCUUAGCUCUGCUGCUACCCACAGCUCGCACUCAAGUUCAGUCACCUCAGUGAUGUACACUGUGGUCAUGCCCAUGCUGAACCCCUUCAUCUACAGUCUAAGAAAUAAAGAUAUAAAGAGGGGUCUGAAGAGAUUCUACUUGAUGCCAUGUAUAAAAUCGCCAAUUAUCCUGGGGGUGAUGAAAUCCCCUUAG